CACUAGACCAACGCCAAGUGUCAACUUGCAAAACAAAUUUUACUAUAUCACAGUAUUAUCAUGAACAUUGCCUUCCUGUGAAAUAAACCACACACUGAAAUUGGAAGGCAAAGAGAAGUAGCAGAUGGCAACCACUGUCAUGAGUUCCCUGAACCUCAAACCCUCACCUUUUUCCGUCGAGAGAACUGCCGUGCGUGGCCUCCCGUCCCUUGCCAGAACCUCCUCUUUGAGAAUCGAGGCCAGCGGUGGCAAGAAAAUCAAGACUGACAAGCCUUAUGGAAUUAAUGGAGGCAUGGACUUGAGGGAUGGUCUGGAUGCCUCAGGCAGGAAGGGUAAGGGAAAGGGUGUUUACCAAUAUGUUGACAAGUAUGGUGCUAAUGUGGAUGGAUACAGUCCCAUAUUCAACACAGAUGAAUGGUCCCCAAGUGGUGAUGUUUAUGUUGGGGGCACUACAGGUUUAGCCAUCUGGGCAGUGACCCUAGUUGGUAUUCUUGCUGGAGGUGCUCUUCUUGUUUACAGCACAAGUGCUCUGUCUCAGUAAACUAUUGUCAUGUAAUCAAUAUAUUUCUUGAAUUCUCAAACAAUAUAUGUACGUAAUUAUCUGUGUUAUUUUGUCAUGGAUGUGUUUUAUAUUGCC